CCUGAACCGAGGGUGGUUUGGAGAAAAAGAGACAAUACUGGAAAUAUCGUUCAUGCGAGGCCAAGAUCAAGCAGGAAUCAUUCAGAUAAGGCUGAUCACAUUCGGAAGACUGAUCCUCCCUUCAUUGCUCCUGACCCUAACUGUGAGGUGGCCUUUACUCCAGAGACUGUUGAGUGUUUUCUACAAGAUCUCCAACACUCACUAAGUGAAUUCUCUGGUGAUGAAGCAUCACCUCUUGAAACCCCAAGAGAUCCUCUUCUGGCUUCCUCAAACUGGAGCAAAAGACAAAGUCUCUUUUCAGAGAGGUGGAGGGCAGAGAGACCCCGCCUGGUAAACACGGCUGCGGAAAGGGAACAUGUGGCAACAGUGUGGGAGUAAUCCAGCGGCUGUCCGGUGUUGUGACUGUAGACCACGUCCCUUCUUCUGUGCUGAAUGUGACGUCAGCAUGCACACCAGACAUGUUCUUCACAACAGAGAUGCCAUGACUGCUGGAUUCUUCCAACCAUUGCCUCCAACAACUUACGUGGUGGAUAAGGCUCUUUCCCAUUGUGUCCGGCUUGUACCUGUGGAGAUGCCUGACAAAAUCUGUGGUUGCUCACCAGAGUCAUUGAGGGUUAGUCCAGGAAAGACUGUUGCUCUGGUCACAAUGAAUGGACGACAUGAUCUAAGCAUGCCCGAGUUAAUUUGUGAGGCAUGCCAAGCCACUUGGACUUCUGGAGUCGCUGACCUAAACAGAAGUGACUACUGGCCUGCAACCCUUCAAUUUGCCACAGUUUAUGCCACAGAUGUCUUUUUUUCAUUUGAAGAAAUGAAGAUGGCGGCACCAGGACUGUCCUGCCAAGCAUUUUUAAGAAUGCUGAAUCAGCGAACUGUCCGCUUUGGUCGUACUGGCAAGAUCUCAGCGGACAGUUUUCUGAAAAGUUUUUUUGAGUGGGAGGCUGUGCGAUUUGAGUUGGACAAUAUGUGCAAGGAAGAACCCUUUAACCAGGGACAUCUGAGGAACAGGCCAUCUUUGAAGACGUCUUCAUUGCCAAGGAUGAAGACGUCAGUGGAAGAGGUGUUUGUGGAGGUGAGUGGUCAGCAGCCAGAGAGACCUCACAAAGAUCUGCCAGCAAGGUAG